AAGGGAAAUUUAGUAUGCACCUUUUUAAAGAGGUUUGAGCUCUAUAGAGGAAAACUAGUAUACACAUAUUAAGUGUUGUGUACAUCUCUACUGAGGGAUAAAGUUCCCACCUAUUUAAAUUGUUGAUGAGGAACACAAUGGACAUGUUUGUGAUACUAUGGCAAUAGAUUUGAAUGUGUAUGUGAGAAACUUGCAUCAAUAUGUAUUGGCAUUAACUUCUGACAGUUUAAAGAGAAGAGUCACAAAUGCUUGAUCUCUCCCUUCCCCUGCUGGAAGUACUGAACAUCUACUCUCUCUUAAAUUGUGGAGGCUCAACAUCUCUGCAGAUCAGAUCAUAAUAGCUACUAGGAAAGCUAGACCAGCUAGAACUGGGGCAGAUCCUUGACAGCUGGUAUUGAGAGAGCUUGGAAAGGGUGGCACCCUGAAACUCCUUCAGCUUCUUGGAACAGCGCCGAGUGACGUGCCCGUGAAGAAUAGUUUCAGUUUGUAAAGAAUGGUUUAGCAGAGUGCUUGGAGGAAGUUGGAGAAGGAGGCACUUUAAACCAGUAGGAAGUCCAUAUAUUUGUAUUUUCAUUCCUAAUAGGAUUUGAUAUUCAAUGGCUAGAAACAGUGAUAUCAAGUGGCUGAAAUGAAUAUGAACACUAUCUUAGAGGAAAUGUUGAUUAAAAGGUCGCAACAGAAGAAAAGGACUUCUCCCUUAAAUUACAAAGAGAGGCUUUUUGUGCUUACAAAGUCAAUGUUAACAUACUAUGAAGGUCGAGCAGAGAAAAAAUACAGGAAGGGAUCAGUUGAUAUUGCAAAAAUCAAAUGUGUUGAGAUUGUGAAGAAUGAUGGCGUUAUUCCCUGUCAAAACAAAUAUCCAUUUCAGGUUGUAUACGAUUCUAAUACACUGUAUAUUUUUGCACCCAGUGCACAAAGUAGGGAUCAAUGGGUGAGCAAUCUGAAAGAAGAAAUAAAGAACAACAACAACAUAAUGGUAAAGUAUCAUCCUAAAUUCUGGACAGAGGGGAUUUAUCAGUGUUGCAGACAAACAGAAAAAUGUGCACCUGGCUGUGAAAAAUACAACCUUUUUGAAAACAGUAUAAGGAAUUCUGCUUCUCCACUACCAAUAAAAAAUAAGUUUCAGCGGAGGCCUCCACCACCUGUUCCCCCACCUGAGCAAAGUGAAGAUGAAGAGGAGGAAGAAAUAGUAGUAGCAAUGUAUGAUUUUCUGCCUGCAGAACAUCAUGAUUUAAGAUUGGAAAAAGGUGAAGAAUAUACAAUAACAGAGAAAAAUGACAUGCAUUGGUGGAAAGCAAGAGAUAAACAUGGAAAUAUAGGAUACAUUCCAAGCAAUUAUGUGACAGGAAAGAAGUCCAACAACCUUGACCAAUAUGAAUGGUAUUGCAGGAAUCUGAACAGAAGCAAAGCAGAACAACUCCUUAGAAAUGAGGAUAAAGAAGGUGGCUUUGUGGUGAGAGACUCAAGUCAGCCAGGACUGUAUACUGUGUCCCUGUAUACAAAAUUUGGAGGAGAAGGUUCAUCAGGAAUAAGACACUACCAUAUAAAAGAAACAGCGAUGUCACCGAAGCAGUACUACCUAGCAGAAAAACAUCUUUUUGACUCCAUUCCAGAGAUAAUUGAGUAUCAUAAACAUAAUGCAGCAGGUCUGGUUACAAGGCUGAGAUAUCCAGUGACUCCAAAAAUGAAGCCUGCACCCACUACUGCAGGAUUCAGCUAUGAGAAAUGGGAAAUUAAUCCAUCAGAGCUGACAUUCAUGAGAGAAUUGGGGAGUGGUCUUUUUGGAGUAGUGCGACUUGGCAAAUGGAGGGCACAGUAUAAAGUAGCCAUCAAAGCAAUCCGAGAAGGUGCAAUGUAUGAGGAGGACUUCAUAGAGGAAGCUAAAGUCAUGAUGAAGCUAACACAUCCUAAAUUAGUUCAGCUGUAUGGGGUCUGUACGCAGCAGAAACCUAUUUACAUAGUGACCGAGUUCAUGGAACAUGGCUGCCUCCUGAAUUACCUGAGACAAAAACGUGGACGUAUGAGUAGAGAUGCCCUCCUGACUGUGUGCCAAGAUAUAUGUGAAGGAAUGGAGUAUCUAGAGAGCAACAGCUUUAUCCACAGAGAUCUGGCUGCCAGAAACUGUUUAGUGAAUGAAUCGGGAGUGGUAAAAGUGUCUGAUUUUGGAAUGACAAGGUAUGUUCUUGAUGAUCAGUACACAAGCUCUUCAGGUGCUAAAUUUCCUGUAAAGUGGUGUCCCCCAGAAGUCUUCAACUAUAGCCGAUUCAGCAGCAAAUCAGAUGUCUGGUCAUUUGGUGUUUUAAUGUGGGAAGUAUUCACUGAGGGUAAAAUGCCCUUUGAGAAGAACACGAACUAUGAAGUGGUGACGAUGGUGAGCCAAGGACAUCGUCUGUAUCGGCCAAAAUUAGCUUGUAAGAAUGUGUACGAAGUGAUGAUGAUGUGCUGGCAUGAGAAACCAGAGGGACGCCCUACCUUUCAAGAUUUGCUUCACAUAAUUGAUGAGAUAGCAGAGAGUGAAGAUGCUUUCUGAAGAGGAAUGGCAGAGCGAAAACAAGUCCCUGAGGCAGGAAAGAAUCCACGUUCCAUUCAGAAAUGCAGCAAUUUUUCCUUCCUUUUUAAGGGCUCAAUCCUUCAAGCUGCUGAAAGAAAGUGUGGAGAGGCAGAGCAUUGAUAAUCACUUAGCAUUUGGUCAGUCUCUAUGGAGGAAGAGUUCUCGCAUAAUAUAGAGGAACAUGCACAAUAUACUCAGCUGUAGCAGUGAGAAGGUGCAGAAACAGUGUAGGCAAGUCUCUGUGCCUUCUCUGACAAGUUGCCAGUGGGGCUGUGAACAGGUGGAAAAUUGGUCUUGAUAGGUGGAGGAACAGACAGCUUGUGGCCAAUGCAGAGCACAGGCAAUCCAAUAAAUGUAAAUCAUGUAUAUAGUGUUCAUAUUCAUGAGUUUCAUUUAGUCUUGCUGCUAGUCAGUAGUUGUAGCUACCUGCAUACUUAAAAACUCAGUACAGGGUUACCAUAAAGGGCCAGUUACUGACAGGAAUGUUUCCAGUGGUUUGCCAGAAAUAUUAUUUCUGACUGCAGUUGAUGGACAUUUGUGACAUACACUGAAACAAUGUUCUUCCUAUGCCAUGAACCUGUGAUAUCCACUUGGCUGCUGCUUCUUCAUUUGUGCAUAAAAAAGCAUCAUGAUCUGCAACCCAUUCUACUGGCUCACUGAAACAGUCAAAGAAAUUGCUGCAGAACUGAUCCAUAACUUGUUUUAUGCCAAAAAAUGUUUUGGGGAGUUUUUGAAAGAGCUCCCAGACUCUAUCCUGAGGCUAAGCAUAAUGAGAAACUUCAGGAUACAACACAGCUGACUCAUUGCACUAUAGAACAUUCCAUUUGAUUAACUGUUAAAUUAUAUAUUGUAUGUAAUGUAAAUAUAGACUGUAUACAUUUAAUUUAUAUGAAAUGUAAGUGUUUGGUUCUUGAAUAUUUUAGGACACAACAGGUUUGAUCUACCGUAACUUGCACAUACAACAUGACACAUGGCAUCUGUGAAUGAUAACAAGAUACCAGGAAGUGUGUUAACCUGGAAGGUUUUAUCAUUCUGUCCCUGGUCAGUUUUUCAUAGACUGAAAUAAGCGUAAUAUUUUUAAUAGCAAAUGCCAUGUGAUAGCAUUUGUAUAAUAAAUCAAAUAACUGUUUGUUUGGAAUCCUGAAUAGUGUUUUGCCAUUGAUUUCAUCAAAUUACAUUAAUCUAUAAGAUAAGCUCCUUGUUAGUGUGACUCCAUUGAUUCAGUGUAGUGCACCAGUGAUGAAUAAAGCUAAAUAUAUAGAGGUACAUGAGUUCAUUGCUUAGACAACUUCAGGUCAACCCAACUUUAAGUAGUAGGCAACCAUCAAUCUUCUGGAUCAUGGUGUAUGUGUAAGUGGUUUAGUCAGGUGCCCGAUGAAUUUGUUUGUAUGGAGUCCUGCAACCAUCACACCAAGACCUUUGAUGCAUAUGCCUAGGCAGAAGUAUGGAGGAGUGGAGGCUGCCCAAGACCUACCAUCCUGCCUUGAGGCCACUGAGACAGAAUCCUAAAACCAGAUUGAGUCCAGACAUUCAGUGCCUUGAUGGCUGUAGUUUCUGCCAAAGCAACAGAUAAGACUACUGUUGACUGCCUAAUGCCUCAGCAAGGGUGCCUUUCUG